GGUGUGUUCUGUGCCAGCUGUGAGCAGCACUGAUACAGUGUGUGUGAGCACGGGGGGUCAUGGUCCUCACCCACUGCCUCCUCCUCUUUCUGUUGGUCCUGCAAGCCCAGGACGGCCAGACUGCUCCAGUCCCAGGGCAGGGAGCAGAUGUGGCCAGAGGGAGGGCUCUUCCAGCUCCUCAGAUGGUUCCCAUGCUGAUUCCCAGCUGGUAUCCCAGGGUGUCUUUGUAUAAAGUUAAAACAAGGAAGGAUUUCCAGAGGACUCCUGAAGUUCCAAAAGAGGCCCUGAAAAACUUGGAGAAAGCCACAUCAGAGAUGGAGCCAGAGCAGAAGAAGGCCUUGCAGAUGAGAAGAAGCAACAGGGUGCCAGUCUCUGACAAAGAAAGAGAGGCAAUACAAGAAGGCAGCACGUCUGCUCAGCCUCAGGGGCGUCCUGGAGGGCCAAGUGCUGGGGAAAAGGCUGCUGGUCAGGAGCUGAGCAAGAACUAUAUCCUAGGCACUGCAGCAGCCCUGGGUGUGCUGCUGCUUGGGAUAGUGGUACUGGGCAUAGUCCUGUCACUGCUGAGCAGGAGAGACACAACGACCCAGAGAACCAGAAAAGCACCGGGACAAGCCAACACCAAGAGCUCCAGCCCAUCCCCAGUGGUCUUUGCAGCACAGCUCGCCCAGAUGUCCAGGCACAUGGUCACAGGUCCCUCACCUCUGCCCACGUGCCCCAGCUGCUCUCUGGCUGACUGUGCCUCUUCAUGUGACAACUGGAUUUUGCUGGACUCAUCUCAGCCCACACCGUUUGGGUAUCGCUGUUACCAGUGCCAGGGAUACUGCACAUUAAAAGAGGAUUGUUUUGUGAAUGCAUAAAAGAUAUAUUUUCGCCAAAAA